AUGUCAGAUUCAUCACCCACCCCAAGCGUCAUGCUGGACUAUUCAUUGUUACAUAAUAACUUGGCUCCCCACUUUCUUGGGUUGAAUUCCGUCUCCAAAGCGGAACCGUCAAAAGUUACCGAUUUUGUCAAGUCACAUCAAGGUCACACCGUCAUAUCACGUAUUUUAAUUGCAAAUAAUGGUAUUGCUGCCGUUAAGGAGAUAAGAUCAGUCAGAAAAUGGGCAUACGAAACGUUUGGUGACGAGAGAGCAAUACAAUUUACAGUGAUGGCAACUCCCGAAGACUUGGAAGCAAAUGCAGAGUAUAUUAGAAUGGCCGAUCAGUUUGUAGAAGUACCAGGAGGAACAAACAACAACAAUCACGCCAACGUUGACUUAAUUGUUGAUAUUGCAGAAAAUACCGACGCUCAUGCUGUCUGGGCAGGUUGGGGACACGCAUCCGAGAAUCCGCUUUUACCAGAGAGGUUGGCAGCAUCGCCAAAAAAGAUUGUCUUUAUCGGACCCCCAGGAUCUGCUAUGAGAUCUUUGGGAGAUAAAAUUUCGUCCACCAUUGUUGCACAACACGCUGAUGUCCCAUGUAUUCCUUGGUCUGGUACAGGAGUUGAUGAUGUUCGCGUGGACCCUGAAACGAACUUGGUUUCUGUGACUGAAGAUGUAUACGCCAAAGGUUGUUGUACAGGACCUGAGGAUGGAUUGGAAAAAGCUAAACAGAUUGGGUUCCCGGUUAUGAUUAAAGCUUCCGAAGGUGGUGGUGGUAAGGGUAUUAGAAAGGUUGAAAGUGAAGAGAACUUUAUCACAUUGUACAACCAAGCAGCAAAUGAGAUUCCCGGAUCACCAAUAUUUAUUAUGAAGCUUGCCGGUGAUGCUAGACAUUUGGAAGUCCAAUUAUUAUCCGAUCAAUAUGGAACUAAUAUUUCGUUGUUUGGUAGAGAUUGUUCUGUCCAAAGAAGACACCAAAAGAUUAUUGAAGAAGCACCUGUCACAAUUGCAAGGAAAGAAACAUUUACCGAGAUGGAGAAAGCAGCUGUCAGAUUGGGUAAGUUAGUUGGUUACGUUAGUGCGGGUACUGUUGAAUAUUUGUACUCACAUGCCGAAGACAAAUUCUAUUUCCUUGAAUUGAAUCCCAGAUUGCAAGUUGAACACCCUACAACUGAAAUGGUUACGGGGGUGAAUUUACCAGCAGCUCAGUUGCAAAUUGCCAUGGGUAUUCCAAUGCAUAGAAUCAGAGAUAUUAGAACCCUUUACGGUACUGAUCCUCACUCUGCUACAGAAAUCGAUUUCGAAUUUAGUACUGAAAACGCUGUUGUCAGUCAAAGAAGACCUUCUCCAAAAGGUCACUGUACUGCCUGUCGUAUUACUUCGGAAGACCCUGGUGAAGGAUUCAAACCAAGUGGAGGUUCUUUACAUGAAUUGAACUUUAGGUCGUCUUCUAACGUAUGGGGUUACUUUUCUGUAAGCAACCAGUCAUCGAUCCACUCAUUUUCUGAUUCCCAGUUUGGUCACAUUUUUGCUUUUGGUGAGAAUCGUCAAGCUUCAAGGAAACACAUGGUUGUUGCAUUGAAAGAAUUGAGCAUCCGAGGAGAUUUUAGGACAACCGUUGAAUAUUUGAUUAAAUUGUUGGAGACUCCGGAUUUCGAAGACAACACUAUUACCACAGGAUGGUUGGAUGAAUUGAUUACGAAAAAAUUGACUGCAGAGAGACCAGACCGUACUGUUGCUAUUGUUUGCGGUGCUGUAACCAAAGCCCACAUUCAAGCCGAAGAAGAAGAAAGAGAAUUUGCCCAGUCGUUGGAGCGUGGUCAAGUUCCUCACAAGAAUGUAUUGAAAACUAUUUUCCCAGUUGAGUUUAUCUACGAGGGCGAGAGGUUCAAGUUUACUGCUACCAAAUCGUCUGAUGAUAAGUACACCUUGUUCCUCAAUGGUUCGAGAUGCACAGUGGGCGCACGUCCUUUGUCCGAUGGAGGGUUGUUGUGCGCAUUGGGUGGUAAAUCGCACGCUGUGUAUUGGAAAGAAGAGGCUUCUGCCACAAGAUUGUCCGUUGAUGGAAAGACCUGUUUGCUUGAGGUUGAAAAUGACCCAACGCAAUUGAGAACCCCCUCUCCAGGAAAAUUGGUUAAGUACUUGGUUGAAAGUGGAGACCAUGUCAAUGCUGGUGAUACUUUUGCUGAAAUCGAGGUUAUGAAAAUGUGCAUGCCAUUAGUGGCACAAGAGAAUGGUGUUGUUCAAUUAAUAAAACAACCAGGGUCAACUGUCAAUGCCGGUGAUAUGCUUGCGAUUUUGGCCUUAGAUGAUCCAAGUAAGGUUAAACAUGCUAAACCUUUUGAAGGAACAUUGCCUGAAAUGGGUGAACCAAAUGUCAGAGGUUCUAAACCUGCUCACAAGUUCCAUGAUUAUGCAACUAUUUUGAGGAAUAUCCUAGCCGGUUACGACAACCAAGUCAUUAUGAACUCAACCUUGAAGAAGAUUGUUGAAGUUUUGAAGGAUAGGGAGUUACCAUACUCCGAGUGGCAGCAAUGUAUUUCAGCAUUGCAUUCAAGAUUGCCAAUAAAGUUGGAUGAAUCCUUAACUGCAUUGAUUGAAAGAACUAAGUCAAGAAGUGCCGAUUUCCCUGCUCGUCAACUCCUAAAACAGAUUGGUAAAGCAGUUGCCGAAUCUGAAGAUGGUACUUUGAAAGAUAUUGUUUCGCCAUUGGUUAGCAUCGCAACAAGGUACGAAAAGGGUUUGGUGGAACAUGAAUAUGAUUUCUUCGCCUCAUUGAUUCAUGAAUAUUACAAUGUUGAAAGCUUGUUUGUUGGUCACAAUGUAAGAGAAGACGAUGUGAUUUUGAAAUUGAGAGAUGAACACAAGUCCGAUUUGAAGAAAGUCAUCAGCAUUUGUUUGUCACACUCGAAAGUCUCGGCCAAGAACAACUUGAUAAUUGCUAUCCUUGAGGAAUACCAGCCAUUGUUACAAUCCAACUCUUCAAUUGCAGUUUCAAUUAGAGACGCGUUGAAAACAUUGGCGCAAUUGGACUCUCGUGGAUGUGCCAAAGUUGCAUUAAAAGCCAGAGAGAUUUUGAUUCAAUGCUCCUUACCUUCAAUUAAAGAAAGAUCAGAUCAAUUGGAACACAUUUUGAGGUCGUCGGUAUUGCAAACAUCGUACGGUGAAAUGUAUGCUAAACACAGAGAACCUAAUUUGGACAUUAUUCAAGAAGUUGUUGACUCUAAGCAUAUUGUAUUUGAUGUCUUGGCCCAAUUUUUCGUAAAUAGCGACGAAUGGGUUUCAAUUGCUGCUGCCGAAGUAUAUGUGAGACGUUCAUAUCGUGCAUACCAAUUAGGCAAGAUUGAAUACGAUUUUCACGAUAAUUUACCAGUCAUUGAGUGGAAGUUCAAAUUGCCUAGCAUUGCUAACUCGAGAUUUAAUGCUAUUCAACAGCCAGCUACAGAGGAGGAAAACACUGCCAUGAAACACUCUGCUUCGGUGUCUGAUUUGUCUUUUGUUGUUGAUUCAAAGACCGACCACAUGGAAAGGACUGGUGUUUUGGUCCCUUGCAGACAUUUUGAUGAUGUGGAUGACAUGUUGAGUGCUGCUUUGGAGAAGCUUCAACCAAGUGAUGCUUUGACUUUCCAAGCUGGAGAUGAACAGACCGAGUUGCUUAAUGUUCUCAAUAUUGUGGUAAACAACAUCGAUGGAUAUUCCAAUGAAGCUGAAUAUUUAGAAAGAGUCAGGGGUCUUUUGGACGAGUACAGAGAAGAUUUGGUAAAGGCUAGUGUACGUCGUGUUACCUUUGUAUUUGCUCACCAAAUUGGUUCUUAUCCAAAGUACUACACAUUUACCGGUCCUGAUUAUUUGGAAAACAAGGUUAUCAGACACAUUGAGCCAGCAUUGGCUUUCCAAUUGGAGUUGGGAAGAUUAGCAAACUUUGAUAUCAAGCCAAUUUUCACAAACAAUAGAAAUAUCCAUGUUUACGAAGCAGUCGGAAAGAAUGCACCUUCAGAUAAGAGAUUCUUCACCAGGGGUAUCAUUAGGACUGGCGUUAUUAAGGACGAUAUCAGCAUUUCAGAGUACUUGAUCUCCGAGUCCAACAGGCUAAUGAGCGAUAUUUUAGACACUUUGGAAGUUGUUGACACAUCCAAUUCGGACUUGAACCAUAUCUUUAUCAACUUUUCAAACGUAUUUAACAUCCAGCCAGCUGAAGUUGAAGCAGCUUUUGGUUCAUUCUUGGAGAGAUUUGGUAGAAGGUUGUGGAGAUUGAGGAUUACUGGUGCCGAAAUUAGAAUUGUGUGCGCCGACCCUAAAGGUAAUGCUCUUCCACUUCGUGCCAUCAUCAACAACGUUUCUGGUUAUGUUGUCAAGUCAGACCUUUAUUUGGAAAUGAAGAAUGCAAAAGGAGAUUGGGUGUUUAAGUCAAUUGGUCAACCAGGCCCAAUGCAUUUGAGACCAAUUUCAACAACUUAUCCAGUCAAGGAAUCAUUGCAACCAAAGCGUUACAAGGCACACAAUAUGGGUACCACUUAUGUGUACGACUUCCCUGAGCUUUUCCGCCAGGCCACUCUUUCACAAUGGAAGAGGUAUGGGCAAAAAGCCCCAAGCGAUGUUUUCACUUCCUUGGAGUUGAUUCCUGAUGAAAAUGGAGGUUUGACUGCUUUAGAGAGAGAUCCUGGAUCGAAUAAGAUUGGUAUGGUUGGUUUCUUGGUUACCGCAAAGACUCCGGAAUAUCCACGUGGACGUCAGUUUGUCAUUGUUGCCAAUGAUAUCACCCACAAAAUAGGGUCUUUUGGUCCAGAAGAGGAUAACUUUUUCAACAAGUGCACUGAGCUUGCAAGAGAAAAGGGGGUGCCUAGGAUUUACCUUUCGGCUAAUUCAGGAGCCAGAAUUGGUAUUGCCGAGGAAUUAAUUCCGUUAUUCCAAGUUGCUUGGAACAAGGAAGGAUCACCUGAACAAGGAUUCAAGUACUUGUACUUGACACCAGAAGCUAAACAUGCUAUUGAUGAAGAUGGCAAGGGAGAAACAUUGCUUACAGAAAGAGUCGUUGAGGAAGGACAAGAACGUUUUGUCAUAAAGGCAAUUGUGGGUGCCGAUGAUGGUUUGGGUGUUGAAUGUCUUAGAGGAUCCGGUUUGAUAGCUGGUGCCACUUCAAAAGCUUAUAAGGACAUUUUCACUAUCACUUUAGUGACUUGUAGAUCUGUUGGUAUUGGUGCUUACUUGGUUAGGUUAGGACAGAGAGCCAUCCAAGUUGAAGGACAACCUAUUAUCUUGACAGGUGCCCCUGCCAUUAACAAGAUGUUGGGUAAGGAAGUCUACUCAUCCAAUUUGCAGUUGGGUGGUACUCAAAUUAUGUACAGGAACGGUGUCUCCCACUUGACCGCUAAUGACGAUUUGGAAGGUGUUGAAAAGAUUAUGGAGUGGUUGUCCUAUGUCCCUGCUAAACGUGGAAUGCCAGUCCCUAUUUUGGACUCUGAUGACACCUGGGACAGAGACGUUGACUAUUUCCCACCAAAGCAAGAACCUUUUGAUGUCAGAUGGAUGAUUGAAGGUAAAAAGACUGAAGACGGGUUUGAGUCAGGAUUGUUUGAUAAAGACUCUUUCCAAGAAACGUUAUCAGGAUGGGCCAAGGGUGUUGUUGUUGGAAGAGCACGUCUUGGAGGUAUUCCUAUUGGGGUCAUUGGUGUUGAAACAAGAACCGUUGACAACAUGAUUCCUGCUGACCCAGCUAACCCAGAUUCAACAGAAACACUUGUUCACGAGGCUGGGCAAGUUUGGCAUCCAAAUUCUGCUUUCAAGACUGCACAAGCAAUUAAUGAUUUCAACCACGGUGAGCAACUUCCAUUAAUGAUUUUGGCCAACUGGAGAGGAUUUUCUGGUGGUCAAAGGGAUAUGUACAACGAAGUUUUGAAAUAUGGAUCGUUCAUUGUUGACGCUUUGGUGGAUUUUAAACAACCUAUCUUUACUUAUAUUCCUCCUUUUGGUGAAUUGAGAGGUGGUUCAUGGGUUGUUGUUGACCCUACAAUCAACGAAGAUAUGAUGGAAAUGUAUGCUGAUGUCGAUUCAAGAGGUGGUGUCUUGGAAGCCGAAGGUUUGGUUAGUAUCAAAUACAGACGUGAUAAAUUAUUGGCCACCAUGGAAAGAUUAGACACAAAGUAUGCUGAAUUGAAAAAGCAAAUGAAUGAUGGGUCUUUGACUCCUCAGGAACAUUCAGACGUUAGUCGUCAAUUGACCGCUAGGGAGAAAGCAUUGUUGCCUAUAUAUGCUCAGGUUUCAGUCCAGUUUGCUGACUUGCACGAUAGAUCAGGCCGUAUGUUGGCCAAGGGCGUUAUUAGGGGAGAAGUUAAAUGGUCCGAUGCCAGACGCUUCUUCUUCUGGAGAUUACGCAGAAGAUUAAAUGAGGAAUACGUGUUGAACAUGAUUGGUGAUCAACUCAAGAAUUCCAACAAGUUGGAGAAGGUAGCCCGUUUGAAGAGUUGGAUGCCUGCAGUUAAUUAUGAUGACGACCAAGAAGUUAGUAACUGGAUUGAGGAACAUCACAGCAAAUUGUCGAAGAGAUUGGAGGAGUUGAAACACGAUGCCACGAGAGCUGAUUUGUUUAAAUUGUUGAGUAAGGAUUCAGGCGCUGGACUUGCAGCUGUAAAAGAAUUUGUUGAAAAACUUCCUCAAGAUGCUAAGAAACAGUUUUUGGACUCGUUAUAG